UCCAACCGGAAGUAGUGCUGUCGGAACACAGAGAGCGUCUCUGUGUAUCUCGGUGAGGUGGAAGAGCCGACGUUAAUUGCGAUGGAAGAUAUGUCGUUGUAUUUAACUAAUGUCAAUGUUUCACUGGGGCAAACCAUGGACACUGAUAAGGAUCCAGCGGGGGCGACCGACUUCGACAGGGUGGAGAUGGGAGACUCCGCCGGGAGGGUGAAGGUUCCACGCAGGACCAUCUUCUUCGCCAGUGGGGAGACGAUGGAGGAGUUCAGCACCGAUGAGGAGGACACGGAGGAGCCUGUCAACAGAGAAGUCAUUGCUGUUGAUACGUCCAAACUGACGUGGGCUCCGUACUUCUGGUUCCACAUGUGGAGAAUGGGCACCUCCACCAUCUCAGUGUGCGACUACAUGGGAGAGAGACUGGCCUCUCUGUUCGGCAUCACCUCUCCUAAAUACCAAUAUGCAAUUGACGAGUACUACCGUAUAAAGAAAGAGUCGUACCAAGAGAGAAGAGAGAGACCGCUUGGCCGAGCGGCGGAGCGUCGUUUCGCGGAGCAGCAAAGCGGCGAGCAGGAGGAUCCUCAUCCCGCCACCGUGGAGCAGCCAGAAGCAUCCAGAGCCUCCUUCGUAAACAUCAGCUUCGAUAUGGACCCCGAACCUCCUGUGAACACCACAGACGCCAACAGGGUGCCCUCCCCCCUCCCCUCCUGAAAACAACGUCCACACAUUUCUGUCGGUGGGGAAGCCUUAAUUAAGGAGCAGUAUACUGUAGAUUAAUAGUGUGGUUGUGUUUAGUCCACUGUGCAGGGGAAAUGAAAGCGCUGUGGAAGUGGCUGCACUCGCCUUAUGUGUGAAUGUGUUCGUGUGAAUAAGUAGCAUCAGACAUUUGCCAAGUUCAGACACUUUUUUCAAAGCCGUGGUCGGACACCGGUACUGCCUCGGCCUUUGUCUCCUCUGCCUCAGUUACUUGUCUCUGGCAGCAAUGCGUACACCUGGCAUGUGCAUUGUUAAAGCGUAAAGGGGGCGGGGGUAGUUUUUUUAGUUCCAGGGAUAAGCAGGGAAUGAUGACGUACACACAGUACGGAGACCCUGCUGCUUCAGCCUUUUGAGUCACGAGUACUUCCUCCAGGCUGCUUCGCCUUCCUGCUCUUUGAACAGGUCCCUGUAAUAUGCCGUUAUUAACUAAGGCCUGUUACUCCAAGAGCUCAAAUCCUUGGUAUGAGGCUGGUUUUGGUGGAUUAAUUAGUAACUUUGGUUUCCUCCUCCUUUCUUUAAGUGUCCUUCUAAAAGCCUUUCAUGAGCGUUUAGCCGAGCUGAAGCUGCAAUGCUGAGUUCAAGCUAGAGUAAGCUGCUUAAUGUUAUUUAUAUCCACUGACACGGCUGUGUGGCCUCAGAUCUCACAGCAGCAGUGUUUAGCAUUCCUCUUUUUUUAAAUGAUCCUGCUCAAGUUUUUCUUUUUUAACGGGCUUGUUAAGAACAUUUUGUCUGAAUGUCUUUCACUAGUCAAUGAAGGACAGUCAUUUUGUAUCUGUAAAAGGGCCGACUUUAACUAAACGUCAACGAAUAUGUACAUAUUUAUGUCCUCAGUUAAUAAAACAUUCACAAGGAGUCUUUUUUUUCAUUUUA